GUGCCAACUCUGAAGCCUGCUCCGAGCCCGCGCAAGGCUCCGUGCGCCCUCGCGCAAAGCACGCGCAGAAGUUUACCGACACCCUGGAGGCGCGGCAGCACGCAAGAGCUGAGCCCAAGCCGUCGAUCGUCACAGGGCCGGGCCCCCUCGAAGUCAUCGCGGAGCCCAUCGAAAUCCUCUCGCAGCCCCUCGAAAUCCUCUCCGCAACGUGGCAGCAUCAGCUCGUCAUCGAUGUUCCCCAGUCGCGACGGCCAAGAGACUUCGGAUUUGGGACGAUCGAGCACCUUCGGUCACUCUCUGAGCCUGAAAGAUCAGCUGGCUACUCCAACGGCGAAGCCGGGCAUAAAGGAGGAAGAGCCUACGCCGAAGCUGAUCGAGAUGGAGCCAGAGCUGGAUCGCAUGCGAGGAGACUCGCCAGUGCAGAUCGACGACUCUGCUCUCGAGGUGCAUGAUCAGGACGAUGCUCCACACGAAGAAGACAUCUUGAGGCUGCCUAUGUUCCUGGCUUGUGCACGCAAGGUGCAAAGAGUCUGGCGCUGGCAGUGCCAGCGGAAAGCUACACGAGGAGCCUCACAGGAUCUGGAGAGCCCGAAGCACCAGGAGGUUGCCAAAGUCGCUGAGGUUUCCGCUGCAGACAAAGAUCGGCCACGAGCAUCCGCUGAAAACACGGCGGAAGCUCAUGGAAAUGGCGCGGUACAUCUCUCCUCCGGGGUGCAGUCAGGUGAUGCCGACCCUACCGAAGAGGUUGGUAAAGCAAGCAGCGUGGGUCAAGUGACCUGUGGAGCAGAGACGCAGGCAACGUCUCCUGCGGAUACUUCCGCUGCCAAAGAAGCAGCUGGUGAGAGAGCCAGGGACGAGGUUCCAAAGUUUGGAGGCCCAACGGCCGUGGAACCUGGUCUCGGGGAGAGCUCCUCGAGGGAUCAAGAAGGCGACGGUCGUGAAUGUGUGGAUUCCGGACGUAGCCAAUGCAUAGAGCCGAGUGCAACAGCCGGUUCCGCUUCUCCAACACAGCCUCCGCAUCGCAUUAAGUUUGCAGAAGAAGAAGCUGGUUGCGAUGCAAGCAAUACCUCAGCUGCCGGACAAGUUGAGUUCGCGGCGGAGAAGAGCCAGGAAUCAAACUCGAUGGGUCGUCCUUCGGCCACAGAGCUUUGUCCUGGCGAAGGUGCCCUCAGCUACUCGGAGAAUCCAGCGUCGCCUUCGGAGGACGGGGCAUUAAGGGCAGCAGGAGCAGAGGACCAUCGCGACCAA